CUGUCAAACUAUACUGUUUAUCCACAUAUAUAUAUACAUAUUAUGCAGAGGUGUUUCAGUCGUUUUAUUCAGAAUUUAUUAUUUAAUACAUUGAUAACAUAAAAAGGAUAGAAAAUAAUAUUACAUUUGUUAUUAGAUCUUGCAAUUGUCAUUAUUAAAUAAAUGAAUCAUUUUAUGAAGUCUUAAUUUCAAUACCAUAAUAUACAUAACCUAUAUAAAGUUUGCUGCUUGCAAGUUGAUUUGAUCAUACUGUGAUACAUUCCUUUUUAUUACAAAAACAUGAGUGCUUAUAACGUAAUAACAUCAGAUUUUGUAAAUGUAUCCAUUACUAACUCUGGUCACAACUCACAUUGCAUAGAACGGCGAUUUCAAAAAGGAAUAACAAUUGAUGAAUUUAAAGGAAAAUUGGAACUUCUUACUGGUGGUAAUCCAACAACAAUGAAAAUUGAAGUAUAUGACAAAAAUGACAAAUUAAUUUGCAUAUUAGAUAAUGGUCAACGUUUAUUAGGAUCAUAUCCUAUUGACGAUGGAAUGCGAAUACAUGUGAUAGAUAAUUUUUCUUGUACUGAGGAAAAUUUAAAUAAUGUAGAGAAAUUUGAAAUAUCUGAAGAAGAAUAUGCUAAAAGAUCAGAUACUGUAAAAGCAUUCUUGGAGAAAAAUAAAUUAGGAAAAUAUAAUGAGGAAGAAAUGAAAAGAAGAGCAGAAGAAAAGAAGCAAGAAGAAGAAGCAGAAAUAGCAGCUGCACAGUUAUGUAAAGUUGGUGAUCGUUGUGAAGUUUCUGUACCAAAUCAACCAAAACGAAGAGCUACAAUAAUGUAUGUUGGUAAAACUGAGUUUAAAGAAGGUUGGUGGAUUGGAGUAAAAUAUGAUGAACCACUUGGUAAAAAUGAUGGAACUGUCAACGGAAAAAGCUAUUUUGAAUGUUUACCAAAAUAUGGUGGGUUUGUAAAACCAAUACAUGUGAAAGUAGGAGAUUUUCCUGAAGAAGAAUUUGACUUGAAUGAAGAACUAUAAAACACAAACAUGUUUUGCCAAUCUGGUUUUCACUACGAAUUAUAACUGAAAGGAAAUUUAAAAUUAAUAAUAUUUAUUACACAUAUAAAAAUGCUUAAUAUUUUCUUUGCUUUAUUAUAUCCAACUUCCAGUUUAUAGGAUGUAUCUCUUUAGUAUGAAAAUAAUAAUAAAAAAGAAAUUGUGUCUUUUUAUAUUAAUUAUUGGCACGAUAAUAUUUAAAAAAUGAUUUUCUUACAGCAGUAUCAUUUUUAUAUACUUUUACUAUUUUGUCUGCCUCUCUUGUAAUUAUAUGGGUACCAGAUAUAUCGAAUGUACUACUAAAUACUCCAGCUUCACUGUCCAUUGAAUCCGGUUAAACUGGUGUUUGUAAGCAUUGGUAAUUAUACCUUAAAAUAUAUCUAUAUAAAUAUCAUAAAC